CGCUGCAACUCACCUUGCUCAAGAUGCCGCUGUUCCUCGCGAACCUGGCAAUGUCCAGCUACUUUCUGGCGCUGUGCUAUGUCCUGCUCACAGCCAUGACAGUUAAUAAGUACCUAGAAGUGCGGGGUGUGCUCAAGCGCUUACAGCACACGACGUGGAGCACCGUACAACUGCUGAUUCUGAGCUUAGCCCUGGGCUCCUUCUUCCGGUCAGCCACCUUUUCUACACUAUGCAUCCUAGAUUCCCAAGCGACCGCAGACCUCCCCACUGGGAUUUCGGGCGCUAACCCGUGGGUGCGUGGAGGGUUGCCGUCGCAUUUCGGAGAAGACGCCGAGGACACAGAUGGAGGAGACGCAGCAGGGAGCCACGCUGAGGCGGAGUUAGAUUUCUACAACAAAGUGGUGGCUGUGCUGUUCAAUUUGCCUGAUUUCCUCUUCGUUUCGUCCUACUUACUGCUCGUGUUGGUGUGGGCUGAAGCUUUUCAGUCGUCGCGGCGUCAUUGGUUUUCCGCAGCAAUGUUUAGACGCAAGUGGAUGAUUUUCUACUUAGUCUUCAACGGAGGACUAUACUUGACACAGCUGGUGUUGUAUGCUAGUCUGUUCCUGUACGAUACGAACGGGAUCUUCGAUCACGAGAAGCAAGAUCGCCUUAGUCCUAUCCCCGCGAUGAUUUUUUACUUGGUCGCAGCUGCAGAUUUGUUUCUCCCGAUCAUCAUCUUCUCGACGUGGCUGUACUUGACGCUGUCACUGUCGGGAUUUCCAUUUAAGUCGCAAUCGGCACAGCUUCGGCUUCAACGGGUGGGCCGUCUUGUUAUGGCAUGGAGCUUUGGACGCAUCUUGUACAGUGUUAUGACGCUGCUCACAUUCACCAAGGGUUGGUUCAAUGUGCACCGCGAAAACGCCUCGACACAGGCAAUGUUGCUCGUCAUCGUGUUUAUUGCAGCAGAGCUGAUCCCCAUCUAUUUGACGCUUGACAAACGUUUGCUCGCAAUGCUAUCUGUGGAGAACUACGAGCCGCUCCUUGGGAACUCUGAAUUCUACCGUUAA